AUUGACACUCGGGGUUUGUUGGUUUGUUGGAGAGGCACCUCUGCACGGAGCCCGGGGGGGGCGGGCACUGCACGGGGAGGCCGCCCUCCCAUUGGCUGACUCCACAGGAGACCAAACUCCAGGAAAACGCAGCUGCGGGCGCACGAUGGAGCGGGACGCGUUUCUGGCGUGAAGACGGAAACUGCGCGUGGACAUGAGGAGUUCCUCUGAUCCUCUGCUGCGUCUGGAACAACAUCUGAACUUCUGAGGGGAGAGGAACCAGCUCGUAGACACAUGUUGUUGUUGUUUUAUCACAACCGCUGAAUUAAACAUGAGUGAAAGGACCAUUUGACUUUUUUACGCACGGAUGGAAACGCGCACGGCGGUGCUCGCUGCUCGGUGAAGCCGCCGGUGUCCCUCUCUUCUGUCGGCACUUCAAAGCAAACGGUGAAUUACAUCACUGCUCUUUGAUCUUUCCUCGGUCUUCCCUCGAGCGCCAGUGAGAGUCCAGGUGGAAACAUGGCCGAGCACGAGAGCCUGGAGUUCGGGAAAGCGGAUUUCGUGCUGCUGGACAACGUGUCCAUGGAGGAGUUCAUGGCCAACCUCAAACUCAGGUUCGAGAAGGGGAGGAUCUACUCGUACAUCGGAGAGGUGGUCGUGUCCGUCAACCCGUACCGUGCCAUGAACAUCUACGGCCGCGACACCGUGGAGCAGUACAAGGGCCGCGAGCUGUACGAGAGGCCGCCGCACCUCUUCGCCAUCGCCGACGCGGCGUACAAAGCCAUGAAGAGGCGGAACAAGGACACGUGCAUCGUCAUCUCAGGGGAAAGUGGAGCCGGAAAGACGGAAGCCAGCAAGUACAUCAUGCAGUACAUAGCUGCCAUCACUAAUCCCAACCAGAGGGCGGAGGUUGAGAGGGUGAAAAACAUGCUGCUCAAAUCCAACUGCGUGUUGGAGGCCUUCGGCAACGCCAAGACCAGCCGCAACGACAACUCCAGCCGCUUCGGCAAGUACAUGGACAUCAACUUUGACUUCAAAGGGGAUCCCAUCGGAGGCCACAUCAACAACUACCUGCUGGAGAAGUCCAGGGUGAUUUUCCAGCAGGAAGGAGAGAGGAGCUUUCACUCCUUCUAUCAGCUGCUCAGAGGAUCUCCAGACUCCUUGCUGCGCUCUCUUCACGUCCAGAAAGACCCGACCGCCUACAACUACAUCAAAGUCGGAGGCCAGAUCAAGUCGAGCAUCAACGACGGCGCUGAUCUCAAAGCUGUGGCCGACGCCAUGAAAGUGAUCGGUUUCACAGGGGACGAGAUUCAGACCGUGUACAAGAUCCUGGCCACCAUCCUACAUCUGGGAAAUAUGACCUUCGGGGUGGACGGAGACGUGACCUUGAUCGAGAACCCGAAGCUGGUGUCUGUGAUCAGGGAGCUGCUGUCCACCAAGGAGGAGAACGUGGAGAAGGCCCUGCUGUACCGCACCGUGGCCACGGGGCGAGACGUCAUCGAGAAGCAGCACACAGCGCAGGAGGCCGGCUACGGACGGGACGCUCUGGCCAAGGCCAUGUACGAGCGUCUGUUCUGCUGGAUCGUCGGACGAAUCAAUGACGUGAUCGAGGUGAAGAACUACGACGCCAGAGUCCACGGGAAGAACACGGUCAUCGGGGUCCUGGACAUCUACGGCUUCGAGAUUUUCCAGAACAACAGCUUUGAACAGUUCUGCAUCAACUACUGCAACGAGAAGCUGCAGCAGCUGUUCAUCCAGCUGGUGCUGAAGCAGGAACAGGAAGAGUAUCAAAGAGAAGGAAUCCCCUGGAAACAUAUCGAUUACUUCAAUAACCAGAUCAUCGUGGACUUGGUGGAGCAGCAGCACAAAGGCAUCUUCUCCGUCCUGGACGAGGCUUGUAUGAACGUGGGCAAAGUCACCGACGAGGUUUUCCUCCAAGGCCUCAACGGCAAACUCGGCAAACACGCCCACUACACCAGUCGCAAGCUCUCACCCACCGACAAGAGUCUGGAGUUCGACCGGGACUUUCGUAUCAGACACUACGCAGGAGACGUGAUGUACUCUGUGGUGGGUUUCAUUGACAAGAACAAAGACACACUGUUCCAGGAUUUCAAGAGACUGCUCUACAACAGUUCUAACCCGGUGCUGAAGGGGAUGUGGCCCGAGGGCAAACUGAGCAUCACCGAGGUCACCAAACGGCCGCUCACCGCCGCCACGCUCUUCAAAAACUCCAUGAUCGCGCUGGUGGAGAACCUGACGUGCAAGGAGCCCUACUACGUCCGCUGCAUCAAGCCCAACGACGUUAAGUCCCCGCUGCUGUUCGAGCAGGAGCGCUGCCGCCACCAGGUGGAGUACCUCGGCCUGCUGGAGAACGUCAGGGUGCGGCGCGCCGGCUUCGCCUACAGACAGACGUACCCUCGCUUCCUGCAGAGAUACAAGAUGAUCUCGGAGUUCACGUGGCCGAACCACGACUUGCCAUCGGACAAAGAGGCCGUGAAGAGGCUCAUGCAGGGCUGCGGGUUUGACCACGACGUCGCCUACGGCAAAACCAAGGUCUUCAUCCGCACGCCGCGCACCCUCUUCAGCCUCGAGGAGCAGCGAGCCGAGAUGCUCCAAAGAAUCGUCCUCUUCCUCCAGAAGGUGUGGAGGGGCACCAUAGCCCGGAUGCGUUACCGGCGGAUGCGAGCGGCCCUCGUCAUCCUUCAGGCUUACCGCCGCUACAAGGUCAGGUCCUACAUCCGCGAGGUCAACCGUCGCUUCAAGAACGUCCGAUCCAUGAAGGACUACGGCCGACACGUCAAGUGGCCGACGCCGCCGAAAGUCCUGCGCAAGUUCGAGGAGGCGCUCAGGAGCAUCUACAACAGGUGGUGGGCAUGGACCCUGAUCAAAGGCCUUUCUCCAGAGGAGGCCCUGCAGGUGAGGGCCAAGGUCGCCUGUCUGGAGGCCCUGAAGGGCCACAGGAGCGACUUGGGCCUGCAAAGAGCCUGGGAAGGAAACUAUCUGAAGCGAGACAGCCCCGACAGCGCCGCGUCGUUCACGCUCGUCUCCAGCGAGCUGCAGCGGAAAGACAAAUUCAUGAGGGUGCUGUUCUCCUGCAAUGUUCGCAAGAUCAACCGUUUCCACAAGUCGGAGGACAGGACUGUGCUCAUCACUGACCGCCACCUGUACAAGAUGGAUCCCCUGAAGCAGUACAAGCCCAUGAAGAGCAUCCCCCUCUACAACGUGACGGGGAUGAGCGUGUCCCCGGGGAAGGACCAGCUGGUCGUCUUCCACACUAAGGACAGCAGGGACCUGGUGGUGUGCCUGCAGGGAAUGGUCCCCGCCAGCGAGAGCCGCAUCGGGGAGCUGGUGGGCACCUUGCUCAGCCACUUCAAGAGCGAGAAGAGGAAGCUGCAGGUGAACGUCUCCAGUCCCAUCCAGUGCAGCAUGAACGGCAGGAAGUGCACCAUCAUCGUGGAACCCAAGAUCAACCAGUCACAGCCGGACUUCACCAAGAGCCGCUCAGGUUACAUCCUGGCUGUUCCCGGCAACUGAGAUCAAACAGUGACGGCCGAUUUCAAAGCAGGCCAAGAUGAUGAUGAUGAUGAUGAUGAUGAUUCACAUCUUAUUCACUCCUCAUGUUUUUUGCUGACAUUGUGUGGCAGCAGCUCUUUAGGAGCUUUGAGGUAAUUGAACCUCAAUCAGCAGAGUCGUGUCAAAUUGGACCCGUUUUCUAGAUUUCUAUGCAAUGCCGCGAUGAAAAGGAAGCGUUAGCAUUAUGCUACAUGCUAAAUCUUAUGUUAGGUAUAAUAUGCACUACAACGUGUUGCUCUGUCUCUUUUAAAAUCCAAAUUUAAAAUGAUUUGCUUUGUGCAAUAUAGAGUUUAUUGUGGAUUGAUUAUCGUGAGUUGAGGUGAGAGGAGAUUAAGCUGCAACUUGCAUCAAAGGUUGAGCAGGAAUGAAAAAUCCCUGCGGCUCCGGAUCAGAAGUGAAACCCCAGAAAAUUAAAUCCGAAUACAUGAACGAUUCUUAAAUACCUGCUUUAAUUGAGUUGUGGAUUUUAUUCUAAGGAAUAAUAAUGUUAAUGAACGUAACUGAAGACUUAAUGAAUGGAACUGUAACAUCCACUCUUAGUUUGUUAAAUGUUUACAAUCACAUGUGGGGAUAACGAGUGAGAAUCAAAUAGUUCGUUAGUGACAGGAUGUUCCGCAGGGUGUGUUGAGCAUAUCCGCGACAUCGCAAACCUGCGACGUACAAAGUGCUAAAAUCUGUUAAUUUAAAUCCUGCGUCUUAUAAUCUUUCCUGCAAUGUCUUUUAUAAUAUUCCUGCACGGCACCUGUACUGCAUAGAGUGCACAACUAAUACUGAGUAAUACUGUAGAAGGACAAUAUGAAGAUUAUAACCAAAGCAUUACUUUCUACAGGAGGCUUCAUGAUCUCUAGAGCCUUGUUCACACGACACGGUUUCAGGAUCAGUCAGAUUCGUGUCUCUUGUUGUUUUCGUGAGUAGUUUGGGGGGUUUCUCCUGGUUCUUGACCUCCUGUCGCAGUGUGAACCCAACGCAACGGGAACAAGACUCCGGAUCACAAGGCAGGAAGUCGUGUAGUGUGAACUGGGCUUCAGUACUGGACUCUGAGUGCUGCUGCAGAGUCCAGUAGCUGCACCCUUUGUCUGGUUUGCUGUCUCCGUGUUCAGUGAAAAGCUCUUGAUAAACCUCCCCUUCAUCAGUGAGAACAGUGAGUGUGAGUGUGACCGUGGGAGUGCGCUCACUGUAUGUGGGUCAAUUAGCUCCUUCAGCUCGGAGACUUGAGACUCUGGCCGACGUCCGCAACAGUGAGGACGGAAGCAAAUCAGACUUCAGUCCUACUUUACUCUAACAACGGGGAGGACUUUCUGUGUGAAUGCUGAGACGUUGUCCUCUUGUCCUCUGGUUGCUGACGUGUCUGCGCUUAAACAAUAUGAUCUUUUUCCAAUCAUCGCAGAAAUAUAUACGCUAGCACAGAUGCUGACGAGAUGAAGACAUCUGACUUCAAACUGUGUGAGAUUAAUAUCCACAGACUAGAGGUAAUCAUAUUUCUGCUGCUCUAUCACAAACCAAAUUACUGUUGUGGAGCUGACGUCUGUUCAAGCUUUUGAAGAACACAAGAGAAGUGUCCCCUCUGAAUCUGCCUGUUUGGACCGAGCUGUUUGUUUCACCUGUGCUGACGCGUGUUGCAGUUUUCUUUCUGAAACUGUGAAAGUGACCUGCAGUGAUUGAGCCGCGGCAAAUAAAGACCGAGUCCACACAGAACCCUGAAGCCACCGGAGCCGUUCACCGGUUUGUUCAAAGUCCAGUGGAGCUCGGCUCACUUGGCAGAAGCUGAACGUCGAUUCGUCCCAGUCGCUGCUGCUACAGAGCGCCGGUCGCCUGCUCUUUCAAACUUUACUCAAAGUGGCCAAAUUCAACACUUCACUUCUUUGGGUCCUUUACAACACACACACGCCAAGUGUGUAGCUGAAGUGUGUAUGUGUUUGAUUUCUAGACGUGUGAGACACCGACAGACAGAUUUGUGGAAUUAGUAGAAAGAUGUUUACACCUGAAAGUGGCUCAGCAACAUUCAUCCACAUGCAGCCUCCGUAGCUUCCUCCCGUCUGGACUCCACGUUCCCUCAAAGGUCAAACGGGAUUCUACUGGAAACUACAGUUUCGAACCAACUGGGCAAACUCCAUCUACUAAUGAAGCUCAUGCAACAUGGUCGAAAGCUCCAGAACGGCACUUUAGUUAUUUCCUCUUUUUAGAACUUCCUUAUUGACACUUGACGGAUCGUUUUCUUCAGCGACUCUUUCCACGAGAGACGACUCGGCGUCCGGCCUCGUCCAGGACUCAGAGGCCCACUUCACUUCGAUGGGAGGGAAAGUUGUUAGCGCUCCGAUGGCGCCCGAGUCGAGUCAGAGCGAGUCGUUUAUCUUAAUUAGUUUGCGAGUGGCCGCGUCCCUUUGAAGAAGCAAAUCUCCGCUCUACCUCGCGGCUCUGUGGCGAGAUGACCUCGUGCUGUUGUUGGAUGAAGGCUCGCUGACGCAGAACAUGGCUGUUUGGGGUAAUUGGUGCAUCGGAUUAAGGGAAGUGACAUCGGGAGCGUUAAUAGACGGUUUUCACUGCGGCUUUGGUGCGGUGGCUGCCUGCGCUCGGCGUGUGUGUGGACGAUAACGCUGCCGCUCUCCAUAUCCCUCUGCAUGGUAAUCUCCCACAGGGCUCCACUAUUCACCGCUCAUCAUUAGGAUGGAGUCCGUGUCACUCCUCACUCCAGCGCUUCUCUCUCUCUUCUCUCGCGUACUUAAAACGAGGGGGUUGGUGAACAAAGCCUCGCUUGGCCUUCUCUCCUUCUCCACUCCCUCUGCUUUCUCUUUCCUCCCACUCCCUCCCUCCUUUUCCACUUCCCUUCCCCUGUCAGAUCGCCUGGCUCCUCGCCCGGCUCGGCCGACUCCACCGUCCUGCAGGGCAGUGAAGGUUUUCCUGUUUUCUUUGUUUUUCUGCUGUUGUUAUUUUAUACUUCAGCCGUCCUGUGCCCAGGAGGCGUGCAAAUGGGAAAAGGAAAAAGCACCAGCAACCAGACGAGUCAAACAAUAGGAGGAUCAGGCAGAAACAAAAACCAGGGAGGAAAGAAUAAGACUAAGACGGAUUAAGCAGAAAUGUGGAUCUAAACCCUGUUAAAAUACAUUUUCUUAUUGUUAACAAAUCACGAAACGACCAAAACUUACAAUGUUCUAGUCUGUGUGCUCUCCUCUGAAAUAUGUAGAAUCAGGUUUAAUUUAUAUAUAAUAUUGAAUCAUUUUUUAUUCCUCCAUGCAGCCAGUGACCGGAGGUGUUCCGUCAAUCAGUCCGUCCCCCUCCUGUGAACAUGAUAUGUCCAGAACACCUCAAGGGAAUUUCUUCUAGUUUGGUACAAAAGCUCAGUUAAAGUCAAAGAUGAACUGGUUGAAGGUCAAAGGGUGAAGGUCACGGUUCUUGUGAAGAUGACAUAUCAGUGACACCCAACGUGGAUUUCAUUACAUCCGGCACAAACAUCCACAUGAACCAAAGGACGACCUGAAAACCAGCGGUCAAAGGUCAAGUUCACGAACGUUCACUAAAGACUCUGGAUUAACUGAUUAGAUUUGAGUUGGUCACAGAUCAACGGUCGAGGUCACGGCGGCCUCGCGUGUUUCAGCAGCCUGGAACUGCACUGGCCUCCAGUUUAAUAAAUCAAAGCUGUUUCCUAAAGUACCUGGAACUAUUACAGUAACUAGAACAGGAGGAAGGGACUAUUUUCUUCAGCGUAUUUAUACAUAUUCGGUGCAAUUUGUGGGGUAUUCACCGAAACCAGAUGGUGUAUGUGUUGUUAAAAUAAACUAUAUUACCAUGUUCAUCAUAAGGGAAUGAACAAGUCUGACAAAACGUAAUAUUUGGAUCAAUUUAUUGUGAGUUUGGUCUUUUCGUGAGUUUCGUUGACAGUAAGAAAAAUAUAGAAAAUGUCCAGACUGGUUUUUUUCCUGUGCUGUGAUUUGUUUUUGUUGUUUUCCUCAUAUUGAUCAUCAGCUUUAAGUGUGAAAAUCAACGUGGAUCUAAUCAAAAAGGGCAUUUAUGGAUUUCAGAUGUGAGUAUUAACUCGGUGCCACUGUGCUCUUCCCUUCGCUGAUCUCUGCAGUGACAGCGUGUCGAGCACAUUCUGUCAGUUUCCAGUGUCCAUGUCGGCCAAAGGGUGAAAAACUCAAAUCCCAUUUUCAUUUCUAUAAUUUAUUCUGUGGCUUUUGGCAAAAAUCUGUAUAUGUAUGUGCACCGUUCAUCCAGUAUGUGCCUAAUUUUAUGUUAAGUUUAUAUUUUGAAUAUUUGUGUAAUAUUUCACUACUACGUCCCAUAACUAUACUGUAAUAUCCAGACCAAGUCUAAAGGGAACAGUUGUAAUAUUAUUUUGUAUAAAUGCAGAUCAUGCAUUCCACGAUGAUCCGUCAAGAAAAAUAUUUCAUUAAUCACUUUAUCAAUAAAUUUAUUUGCCUCACAUGUUGAAA